CGCUUUAAUAUAUGCUUCUGGAGAGCGACGUCCCCCCGCGCCGCCUCACCGCCCAGCCAUGUCGGCGGCCAUCUCUGCCGCGGAGAAAGUGGAUGGCUUCACACGGAAAUCGGUGCGCAAGGCUCAGAGGCAGAAGCGCUCGCAGGGCUCCUCGCAGUUCCGCAGCCAGAGCAGCCAGGUGGAGCUCUCGCCGCUGCCCCAGCUCAAAGAUGCCACCUCCAAUGAACAGCAAGAUCUUUUCUGCCAGAAGUUGCAGCAGUGUUGUGUGCUCUUUGACUUCAUGGACUCUGUUUCAGACCUGAAAGGCAAAGAAAUUAAGAGAGCAACACUGAAUGAACUGGUUGAAUAUGUUUCAACGAAUCGUGGAGUGAUUGUUGAAUCAGCUUAUGCUGACAUAGUGAAAAUGAUUAGUUCUAAUAUUUUCAGAACACUUCCACCUAGCGAUAACCCAGAUUUUGAUCCAGAAGAAGAUGAGCCAACUCUUGAGGCCUCGUGGCCCCACAUACAGUUGGUGUAUGAAUUUUUCCUAAGAUUUUUGGAAAGCCCGGAUUUUCAGCCUAGCAUUGCAAAGAGAUUCAUUGACCAGAAAUUUGUACAGCAGUUACUGGAGCUCUUUGACAGUGAAGACCCACGAGAACGUGAUUUUCUAAAGACAGUUCUUCAUCGAAUUUAUGGCAAAUUCCUUGGUUUAAGAGCAUUCAUCAGGAAACAGAUCAAUAACAUUUUCCUCAGGUUUAUAUAUGAAACAGAGCACUUCAAUGGUGUUGCUGAACUUCUUGAGAUAUUAGGAAGUAUUAUCAAUGGUUUUGCACUGCCACUGAAAGCGGAACACAAGCAGUUCCUUAUGAAAGUUCUGAUUCCCAUGCAUACUGCAAAGGGAUUAGCUUUGUUUCACGCACAGCUCGCCUAUUGUGUUGUACAAUUCCUGGAGAAAGAUACAACUUUAACAGAGCCUGUAAUCAGAGGACUGCUCAAAUUUUGGCCCAAAACUUGCAGUCAGAAAGAGGUUGGUUCUGUCUUCUCUCUUCAGUUUCUUGUCUACUGUGAUGCAAACUGCAGCAUGGCAGGACUCCUAACCUUUGCAUUUCAGGUUGCAGAAAGAGCUUUGUACUUUUGGAAUAAUGAAUAUAUUCUUAGUCUGAUUGAGGAGAACAUUGAUAAAAUUCUACCAAUUAUGUUUGGUAGUUUAUACAAGAUCUCCAAAGAACACUGGAACCCAACCAUCGUGGCACUGGUAUAUAACGUGCUGAAAACACUGAUGGAAAUGAAUGGCAAGCUUUUUGACGAGCUUACCAGCUCAUAUAAAGCAGAAAGGCAAAGAGAGAAAAAGAAAGAAUUGGAACGUGAAGAGCUGUGGAGAAAGCUAGAGGAGCUAAAGCUGAAGAAGGCUAUGGCAGAGAAGCAGAACAGCACUCACAACGUGCUCAAUGCACAUGAUACAAGUGCCAAAUAAAAGAAAUGACAACCUCCACUCGACAAACAUACUUUUUUGUACCCUUUUGAAAUACGUAAAAAUUUGCAAAAUAAACCUCAUCAGUACAGUAGGAACAGCCAACUUUUCUCUGGCUAAAUGUAAAUGAAAAGAUUUGAAUUUAAAUACAGCAUUUAAGUGAUGUCAGUACCACAGCAUAUUGUAAAUUUGUCUAAUUAUCGAUAUCCUGUCACUUCCAGCGUUUCAUAGAACUGAAUUAUCAUCCUUAAUGAGUGAAAUAAUUAUGGGAGUGGUGAGAAUUAUGACUUGAAUUUUUGAUUGUGUUGCACAUAGGUGGUAUAGUUUGCUAUGUACAUUUUUUCCUUGUUUUAUAUGUGCUUUUCACAUCGCUGCAUACCUUGGUGAAGAUGAUAGAGAAGGCUUCUAGCGGUGCUGUAUUUUCUCAAAUAAAACCAAGGUCCGUUACCAGUAGCAUGAGACACGCAGUGUGUGUCCCUCACAGCACUGGAAGGAGCUCUCAGAUGGUGCUGGUCUUGAAUUCCUGGCUGAAUUCACAUUUAGAUUUUUGUGUAAGGUCACUCAGUGUGAGACUUACAGGGAGAGAAGGUCAGCUUGAACAGGGCAGGAUGGCCCCAUGCUUGGUCACAUGCAGUGAGUACCUCUACGCUCUUCUCACUGCCUCUUGGUCCUGGGCAUACUUAACAUUUCCUCCUGCUGCAGCUGAGGAUAGAGCUUUGCUUAGGGAGCCCAUCAAUGAUGCUCCUGCUCAGCUCACGGAGGGCUGCGGAAUAGCGCAGUUCUCCUGGAGACUGCCCGUCCAUUGUGGCCACUUCUACAUUACUUUUAGCACCUUGGGGAUGGAAGAGCAAUACCAAAAGGGGUAUAUUCCUCCUUUUAGUAAGGAGGAAAGGCUGUCAGUAACUAGUUCCUUGUUUUAUUCAAAGAAAAUGCAGUCCACUUCUUGAAAGUGGAAAGUUGACUAUGGAAGUCUUGUCUGUCGCCUGAUCAAGUAUUUUUCACAUCUUUUAUCAGAGUACCAUUCCAAUCUCCUAAAUUGCAGUUGUGUGGAAAACUUUUGUAAUGAAAGAUCUUUGGGGAAUUGAGCAGCAUUCAAUAAAGUCUUUAUGUUUGUA